GACAAAGAAAAAAUCCUAAUUUUUUUAGUGUUAAAAGUUGAUAUUUAUGUUAUUUUUUUUCAAAAAAAAAUAUGGCAUUGUUUGACUGUUGUUGUUGUGAUGGUGGUGCUUUAAAUGGAUUCUACUUCUAUUUUUAUUAAAUAGAUUUUGCUUUCAAUGGGAGAUUUGUGAAAGUGUAAUGUAUGCUGAUGGUUUCAACUUAUGAAAGUUUGAACCUUUUUUUCAAAUUAUGUGAUUGAAUGGAGCUACUAUGGCAUUGGAUGAUGAAUUUUGUUUAUUCUUGAAUGUUGAUUGUUGUGGUUGUGCUGAUGUUGCUUUAAAUAGAUUAUGUUUCUGUUUUUAAUACCUGUAGGGAUGGGGGACUCGGAUUUUACCAUAGACAUACACCAUGGUGGCAAGUUUCAUGAUUUAGGGAACGGGCUAGAAUAUUUGGGGGGGGGGGAGGAGUGUUGGAAGAUAUGCAUUAUGAGUUCGAUGAAUGGAGUUUGCAAGAAAUAGUUAGUGAGUUGCAAAAGUUAGGGUACAAAGGGAAUGCCAGGAUCAGGUACUGUGAACCAGGCUGUCAAUUGAGCUCGGGUCUCAGAGAGUUGAUGAGUAAUGGAGAUGCCAUGAGAAUGGAUAGGUUAUUAGUGUUGCAAACGGUUAAGCAUUGCUCGGUGUAUGUUGUUGAUGGCUGUAGGGAAGAUCCUGGUCUUGCUGCUGCCGCCAACGGAAAAGAUCCGAAUGCUGCUGACACUGUGCCUACUGCUGCUGCUGCUGCUGUUGACACUGAUCCUGCUGCCGACAACAGAUCCGGUGUGAAUAUCUGCAGAUCUGAGCGAAUAAGGCAAACAGGGGCAGGUAGGGGAAGAAUAAGGGGCAGGGGAAGGGGUAGAGCUGCAUUUUCACAACCACUCCCCACCACACCUACAUCUUCCCAACAGCUACCCACCACACCUACUGUUGCUGCCUCCACUCAAGCACCUCCCAUACUUGCAACUUCAGCUUCUCAGGCUCCAACCACAUCCACCGGUGCAGUGGCUCCAACCACAGCCACCUCACAACAAGCCUUACCUCUUGAAGGGCCAGUCUCCCAGCCUCUCCUAGCUGUGGCAAGUGCAAAAUCUCACCAAGCACCUAGAGCAUCUUCUCAACCUUUACCAAAGACAAAGGUGUUUGGUGUGAGGAGAAGUGGGCGGCUAAAGUUAGGAGUGAUGAAGCAAAAAGGAGCACCUAAUCUACAUAUAGACAUAAGUGAUGACUGAAGUCUGUUUAUAUUUAUAGUUAGGGUUGUUGGGGCUGCUGUUAAAUAGUAUAUCUUGUGAUGAAUUGUGUCUAUGUGGCCACUGUUUAUUAUGUGGAUAGGACCACUAUUUUGAUAUUUUGUAAUCAGGUUGGACCACUUUUAAUUGUUGCACUUCUUGGAUCUUUAUUUUGGAUUAGCUAUAUGUGGCAUAUUAUAUGACCACUUAUGUUAUGAUAUUUUGUGUAAGUAUGGUUUAGAGGAACACUUAAUGAAAAUAUAUGUAGCAUAUUUUCUGGCCACUUCUUGCUGCAAGUUGUU